UCCUGGACAGCUUGGACGACAGCUGGUCACUGGUGUCUGCCUCUUCAACAAGAUGUGUUUCAGCAGGAUAUUCAGUUGCAAUUACCUUUUUAAUAAUAAAGGAAAAUUAAUAACGGACUUUUCUCGGAGAUAAUCUUCGCGUGAAGGGUCUUCUGGCAAUUCGUUUGAGGGGUUUUUCAUCCCGUUUAAACAGCGUAUUCGCUAUGGAUUAUUUCUUCAGACGAAAAAAGAUGCUCAAAACCCUGCUUACCUUGACUUUGGUGUUUGGGACAUUAUUAAUGAUUCAGAAAUUCAAGGUGUUGGACGACGACAUAAAAUCAUUAAACAUGAAUAUGAAAAGCAACUGGUGCGGAUCAGACUGCGAUUUAUACAAAAGUAGAUCAAUCAAGAAAGCUGUUGGAAACUUUUCGUGGCCGUUACAGGGCAAUGGCUCCGAGCGUCCAACAGUUGUUAAAAAUUCACCGGGGUCGUGGAAUGUGGAUGUUAUAAAUUGUUCUGAAGAUUCGUCUGUGAGGACAAAGGAUUGGUUUCGACGUUUGGACCCAAGAUUCCAUCAGUUCGUCUUGCACAGACACUGCAGGUAUUUCCCUAUGUUGAUUAAUCACCCGGAAAAAUGCAGUGGAAACGUGGACCUUCUAGUGGUGGUCAAAUCGGUCAUUGAGCAACAUGAUAGGCGAGAGGCUGUGCGCAAAACGUGGGGAAGGGAGCAGGUGAUAAACGAGAAGAAAAUAAAAACUUUAUUUCUUUUAGGCAGCCCAUCGAUUGGAAAAGAUGCGAAAAAUCUACAGAAGUUAUUAGAAUAUGAGGACAGAAUAUACGGUGACAUCUUGCAAUGGGACUUCAUGGACACAUUUUUUAACCUCACCCUGAAAGAGGUUAAUUUUCUGAGAUGGUUCGACAUUUACUGCUCUCACAUACCUUUUAUCUUCAAGGGGGAUGACGAUGUGUUUGUCAAUACCGACAAUUUGGUGGAGUUAAUAGGGUUCAAAAUUGAGGAGGAGAAGGUUCACAACUUAUUUGUUGGGGACACAAUUGCAAAAGCCAUUCCCAUCCGAAACCGUCAGAGUAAGUAUUACAUUCCCAAAGAGUUGUACGAUAAACCGUACCCUCCAUAUGUGGGUGGCGGUGGAUUCCUGAUGUCGUCUGAGUUAGCUCGCAAACUGUUCGUGGUCUCCGAGGACCUGGAACUUUAUCCAAUUGAUGAUGUAUUUCUGGGAAUGUGUCUCCAGAAAUUACAAAUUGCGCCAGAAAUGCACCCAGGAUUUAAGACUUUUGGAAUCAUGAGGCGCAAAGUGAGUCCCAUGAACAGCGAGCCAUGUUUUUUCAAACACCUCAUUGUCAUCCAUAAACUGACUCCACAGGAACUACUGAGAAUGUGGUACAUAGUACAAGAUAAAAACCUCACAUGCGCCAAAAAGACUGUAGUUUGAUAUGCUUAAGACCUGAAGGAACAUUUAUGAUGUACAGAGUAGCCUAAUUGUAAUCCACUAAGAAGGACGCAGUUGUGGAUUAUCCUUCUGAUUAUCCUGUUUUUGUUGUGAAAAUUAUGAAUACCUGGAGGAAUGACUUUGUUCACACAACUAUUUUCUCUAUAGAGAACUAUUGAACAUUAUAUGUACUUUAUAAAUUGCACGAGUGUAUGUUACACUAUAAUAUAUUUUUCAACGUGAAAAACUAGUGCAAUUUAUUAUUUAGUGCAAAAUAAAACCCAAAGAAAUCAAAGUGUACUUAACGCUUGAAAAACACUGAUUUUCUAAAAGUCCAGAACUGUGUUCAGAAACAUUACUGAAAAACACAAAAAUGAAACUGAAGAACCCUUCAACACUUU